AACAUAAGUUUGGUUGCACCUAACCUAAAAAUUACUUUUUAUUUUGGGAAUUAAUUUAAUAGCGCCUGUAAAAAUGAAACACCCGAUAUUUUUUCUAUCUAAAACUGUCCUCAACAACAAUUACAAACAGAUUUUACCAUUAUCCCGAUUUCUAAGUACUCAAGAAGCUAUAGAACGUCGCAACCAUCUAUUUACGCUAGAGAAGAAGCGGCAGAUUGGGAAAGUUGGCAGAAUCGAGAAGAUCGAAGUCAAAUACAAGGGUGUCCCAAAUGACUGCACUUUGGUUAUGAACAAGAAUUUAUCGACGCCUUAUGAUUGUGCCAGACAUUUAAGUGAGUGGCAUGUGGAAUCCAGUGCCUUGGCCCUUCUAGAUGGUUCAGUGUAUUGGGACAUGCACAAGCCUCUCACAGAAAACUGCACACUUGAACUCCAAAACUUCACAGUAGCAGAACCACAGCAAGUGAACAAGGCGUUCUGGAGGACAUGCUCUUUGCUCCUCGGUGCUUGCGCCACCGUAGCCUUCAAGGAAUCCGUGCCAGUACAUUUACACAGCUUCCCCGGGCCUGACAUCCGCAGCGGCUCCUUCAUCUACGACAUCGACCUACCCUCCUUACCGGACUGGAAGCCAACGUCCCAGGAACUGUAUACUCUCAGCGCUGAGUUCAUAAAGCUGGUGCGAGCCAACUCGCCGUUAGAGAGGCUGGAGGUUGGUGAGGACCUCGCCCUUGAGAUGUUCAGAGACAACGAGCACAAGACCAAACAGAUACCGAGCAUCGCUAAGAAUAAUGGUAAAGUGACGCUAUAUAGGGCGGGAAACCACGUGGACAUAUCUAAAGGGCCUAUGAUAAGCAGCACGGCACAGGUUGGAAGAGUCACCGUCACCUCAGUUCACAAGCUCACUGGAUCACAAGACAGCGAGGUCAAACAGCUAUACAGGUUCCAGGGUGUGGCGUUACCGACCAACGUGAUUCUGAACCACUUCGCGUACUCCAUCCUCACCGAACGGGCCAAGAAACUGAAUCCAGCUAGAUCCCCAAUCAGCUUCACCACAGACAAGGAAGACUUUGAACCAGAGAGCAUAGCAGCCAAAGCAUAAAGAAUAUACUGUAGUUAUUAGAGAACGUAGGUUAUUUGUUAAGUUAUUAUAAU